AUGGCCUUGGGGGAUGCAUACAGUCAAGAUCUCCUGCUCGCCGAGAUCUGCAACUCUUCUUCGCUGGUCGUGGUUUCGGUCGACUAUCGCCUUGCGCCGGAGCAUCCUUAUCCCGCUGCCCUGGAGGACUGCUGCACCGUUGCGGAGUGGCUCGUCAGACACUCGCGAGAAAAGUGGCGCUGUGAGAUGAGUUUCAUCGGUGGCGAGUCUGCGGGCGGAACCUUGUCGGCUCUUGUGCUCCUCCACCUGAAACGACGCGGUGCCCUGUCCCAUAUCAAGGGCGUCGUCUUGAGCUAUGGAAAUUUCGAUCUCUCAGCUCUGCCGUCCCUGAGAGAGCUCGGCCCGUCAGACGCCCCGAUCUUGAGCUAUGAUGACGCCGAGAACUUCCUGCACGCCUAUCUCCCCGGGCUGCAGCCCGAUCAAAGAAAGGCUCCCACCAUGUCACCUGCAUAUGACAAGCUCGAUGGUCUGGUCCCUGCCUUAUUUAUAGUCGGCACCAAGGACGGGCUGCUGGAUGACACCGUUAUGAUGGCCUGGCGGUGGCAGUUGGCGGGAAACGAAGCGAUCGUGAAGUUCGUGCCCGGGGCCUGUCAUGGUUUCAUGACUUUCAAUGGCCACGCGGUCGAAGUAACCCGUCGCGGUUGGGACCUGAUGAUUAAGUUCCUGACGGCAAAACUAGGUAGCUGA